AUGUUCAGCACUGGAGCCUUGGGCGAAGAUGCACAUGCCGACGACGCAGAGGCUUACAUCAACAACCCCGGUCGCGGCUUCUUGGGUAACCUGGCGGGCGCACCUGCCUCUUCCGCCGUGGUCAUGCGGCAAUACGCCUGGCGAGGCCGGGAGCAAUUUUUGAGGGACACUGCAAUAGCCUUCAAUCACAGAGACCACGAGAACGACUACGAUCAAUACUUUCUGCUUACUGGUGUAACCGGACGAAUAUACAACAGCACAUUCCGAGACCGCGGAGAAGACACGGACGAUCCUUUUGGCCGCUGGUGUGCAUACGACAGCGCCCUUGAACUCCUGCUAUUUAGAAUGACGGUGGAAUCGUCAGUGCAUGGCGUUGUAGCCCCAGAAUUCUAUGAGGUAGUGCAUGACGCGCUGCGCCCAAUGAGGCUGACAAGGGAGCUGGCGAAAACGGGAAGUGCGGGCAACGAGGGCCCGUCGGGCGCGAAGCAACCAGACGCAAGUUGGCGGCCCAUCAGGGUACCCUAUAGCCGCAACAAGGGCUGGCCGAGUGUGGUCCUGGAGGUCGGGUAUUCGGAAUCCCAGAAGAAAUUGCAGUCCGAUAUCCGCUUUUGGCUCAGGCAAUCCGAGGGGCACGUCAAAACAGUGUUGACCGUCGCCAUCCGAGACCGUGCAGAGUCGAUCAUCAUAGAGAAGUGGGAGAACGGAGAAAAUGGUCGUGCUCACGCCGAGCAGUAUCUCAAAAUAACGAGAAACAGGCGGACGAACACCGCGACUGUGACUGGCGGCCCCUUGGUUAUCGGUUUUGAGAACCUCUUCUCGAGACCCAUUUCCUCGCCCAUUGAACAAGAUAUCCAGUUGGGGAAUGACCAACUCCAACAGAUAGCGCAAGUUAUUUGGCAGGAAGCCGACAAGGCAAGUACAUACUCGUACGCCAGGCUAUGUAUCUGA